AUGUCAAAUUAUAAACUAAUCUAUUUUGAUGGUCGUGGUUUUGGAGAACCAGCACGACAACUAUUCCAUCUGGCUGGAGUUCCAUUCGAAGAUAUUCGUGUCUCUUUUGAAGAAUUGAUACCUGGAAAACAGAGUGAAUCUUGGCUUGAAAUGAAAGAGAAGACGCCAUUCGGAAGACUUCCUGUUCUGACCAUGGAUGGGUUUGAACUGGCUCAAUUGGCGGCCAUAAACAGAUAUCUGGCAAAGAAAUUUGGAUACGCUGGAAGGGAUUCAGAAGAAGAAGCACGGGUUGAUGCAAUUGUGGAUGAAUUCAAAGACUAUAUGGAAUGUUUUCGACCAUAUAUUUAUGGACAACGAGCUGGAAAAUCAGAGGAAGAGUUGAAGAAAAUACACGAUGAAGUGUUUGUUCCUGUGAAGAACAAAUUUCUGAAUUCAGUCGACAGAAUUCUGAAAAAUAAUAAAUCAGGAUAUCUCGUUGGAAAUGGAUUGACAUGGGCGGAUUUAGUUGUAGCCGAUCAUUUGCACACUCUGGAUAAUAUUAAAGAAUUGGACGAUGUAUCUUGGCUAAAUCUCAAAAAAUAUCAAGAGAUGAUAUACUCGCUUCCAGAAUUAAAAAGUCAUAUUGAUACGAGACCAAAGCGAGAAAUGUAA